CUAAUUCUCACAGGAUGUACCUUUGAAAGUUAAAGCCAGUUAAUCCAUUUGCCUAUGGCUAGCAAGAUAAAAUUCAUAGCUGUGCCAAAAAAAAAAAAAAAAAAGAACGCAAGUUUAGAAGAGCUGUUUAGUUAUCUUCAGAACUGUAAAAUGUUUCCCUUAAUCUGUUUGCUUUGCUGAGAGCAAUGUUUUGGCAGGCUAAUAUAUACUUAGAACUUUUGCUUGUUUGGUUUCCUGGGUUAACAUAGUCUGACUGCCUUCUUUGGGCUAAAGGAUUGACUUAAGCAAUUCGACAAAGAGCAAGAGUUUACUUGUGAUGGAAUAUUGGUCCCCAAAUGAUUAAAAGUGAUGAUGUUGAUGAAAAAAUUAGAAAAGUGCAAGGGUAUGGGUAAGGGUAACACACCGGACAUAUGCUGGUCGGACUGCAAGCUAGUCAAUGAAGUUGUAUGUUUUACUUACUUUAGCGUCUAAUUUAAGGCAUAUAUUAUAGAAACAAAGUGCCUAUAAGACCCGCAAGGGUGGCUCAGUUGGUUGAGCAUGGGGCUUUCAUAAUGGAGGUCUCAAGUUCGAAACCCCCUGCCUACGACAGCAGGGGAUUUGCCUUCUGGGUCGAGCUCGUCGCACCGGGCUUGCCUAGUGCGGGUUACCUCUCCUGUGUGGUUUGCGAGCUAUUGCACAGGAGCUGGGUUUACCCUGUGCGCACCCGAAGGGUAGCGGCUGUGGGUUCCCAUGUCAUCAAAAAAAAAAAAAAAGUGCCUAUAAGUCUUUAUCUCUAUAUCCAUACACACUGCAACAUUUGAUAGCACAUAUGUAAGAAGGUCGACGUAUUAUAAUGGGUCAUAAAUGAUUAGACCUGAAUAAUGCUGCUGCUUAGUCUAAUUGACGCCUUAUGUUAUUUGGUGAAAUGCUUCGUCUUAAUCCUUUUAGUGGAAGAGAUGUACGAGGUGGUAAUAGAAUAGUUUGGGUUGGAGAAAGGGUGUAUGAAGGUAGAGAAUUGGAUUUUGAGUUGCUACAGCAGGUCAGGGAUUUUGUGAACACCUCCUCAGGGCAGUGUUAAAAGAUUUGCUUUAAAAGAGACCACUAUGAAAAGUAAUUAUUUAAAUUAAGUCAGUUGGUUAGCUUUUUGAUCUUUCUAGAUAGUGCGGGUUUGUGUUACUUGAUAAAAAGCACCACAAGCACUUGUAAAAAAACUGAGACAGCACAAUCAUAUCAUUUGAAUGUGAGAAGCAUGAUAAGUGUAUGUCAGGGUAACGGUGAAUGCUGAUCUGCUGUUACUUAUUUGCACAAAAAAGAGUAAUCUGAAAAAUUUUCUCCCUUUUUUUCUGCCCGUCCUACUCUCCUACUCUCUGGAAACUGAUAGUUUGAGUGGAAGGAGACCUAAAAUGUAUAUAAGAAUUUUCCCUUUGAUAGUGUAGUCUCUUUAUUGUAUUGGAGUUCCAGAACAGAGUGAUUUCAUCCAUAAAUAUAGAGUGUUGAUUAUACACCAACUCAGAAGUGUUAGUGUUUCAUGUUUCUGGGUUCCUGGUUCAGGCAGAAGUUAGUGUUCCUUAUCUCCCUUCUUUCCACUUAUCUCCUCCUCAAAUAUAUACUCCUCUGCCCUAGUAUGUUUGAAUAUAUAACCCAUCUCUAUUACCGUGCUUGAAGCAUGCCUUGAUUUGAAGAGCAUGGAAGGAGAAGUGCUGAUUGGCAUAGACAACUGAACGUGGAAAAAUACACGACUUGUCACUAAUUUAAACUUGUGAGAAAUAUUCCAGGUCUUUAGUAUAAAUAGCAGUAGAGAUGGUGUCAGGCUGGGUGACUUCAAUUCAUUAAGUUAAACAGUUCAUAGACUGGUCUGCAUUAGGACCGGCAAUCAGAGGGGAAGGGGGGAUGGCUUAGUGGUGGCAGGGUAACUUUGUGAUUUGCUGGCUACUUCCUGGUUAUACUUUCUUCACAAUUUACUGUCUAUUGUCAGCUUCUACUUUGUGGUCUCGCAUGCUGUGACUUCUGCUUUAGGUUUAGACUUAUCAAAUUUCUUGCUUUAUUUUUUAAAACCUUUUUCAUUGUUUACAUUUUAUUUGCACAUUCCUCUUAGAGGACAUUAAUAGCCGUGUAAAAGUAUCCCUAUCCUGUUUGUCAAUAGAGUUGCUGCUUAUAGCUCUCAAAAAGGCUUCAAUCUUUUGCAAGUACAAUAGCAUUCCUUAGAUUUCACUUGAAGCAAUUGGGCUUGGAGUGCAUUUGGCUGCUGGCGCUCAUGAAAUCCUUCUGCAAGCAGAAUAUAUUCUUACAAGUGUUCCACCAUCAGUACCAUGGCCUAUGCAAAGUGGAGGAAACACUGGCGUGAGAUUAUCCAACAGGCUUAUGAAAGUAUGAGUGACGGCUUUAGUAAAUCUGCUUCUGCUUUAAUACGCACUCCCAUCAAAUGAUAUCAGCGUGGUGCUGGAAUGGGAUCUGCUUUUGCAACUGCUGUUCAAGGAGCUCCAGCAGCAGCCAUUGCACCGGCUUCUGCCACAGCACGAGCUGUUCAUUGUGCUCUUCUAGGUGUAAGGAAGAGCCUCAAUCCGGAGCGUAAGGAGGAGUCUUCGGAGAAAUAUUUGGGGACUUCUUCCCCUCAACAGUACAUGUAGUAGGGAAGUUUCUCCAUCAAGUCUCCAACAAAAUUUGCAAGCCAGUGUUAGUUUUGUACAGGUGAGUUUGCAGGUUAUUUGUACGUUCAGCCUGGGGACUGGUAAAAGUGAAAUUUCUCAAGUUAACUUAGUUAUUCUGAAAAAUGCCAUUAAACCCCCCAGCUAUCUUCGACUUUUACUUUAGUUAUUCAGUUGAUUUUUCAUUUGUAAAUAACUCAACCAUCCCCUCUCAUCUCUUUUAUCAUGAAAACAUGGUUGAAACUGUAAACGGGAACAAUAGGUUUUCUUUUUCUGCUCAUGCAGUUUGACCUAUUUGCUUUGCCUAUAUAUACGUGUGUGUGUGUGUGUAGCCUUUCUUCCCCUUUGUUCUCUUCCCUCUCGUAACUGUGUCGUGUAUCUCGGGAUGUAUAAUAGGCGUUCUUUCCAAGUGAAAAGGGAGUGUUCAUUCUGUUCAAUUUACUGCCUUUUGGCACUAUGCUUUUUUAUACUCUAUCAUCAAGGGGGACCUUGGUCUGGUUAUAUAUUUAUCUCGUGUUACCGGUAAAUUUUAUGUUAAUAUCAGGUCAGAGCAAAUGUAUAGCUAAAAAAGACUGUACAUGAUUUACAUCAGAAAGCAAUAGAAUACCUGUACAGCACUAUAUUUCUGGAGAUUUUGAACGUCUUACAUAUCAUAAUAGCUAAGUCAAUUAUGCCAUUUAAAGUGGGACAAGGGUGUUUUCCAGCUUUAUUUGUGAUUGUGUCAUAGUACAGUAAAUCCUUCAGGAUUGCUUUCCAAAAAGUUCUUACGUAAUGCUAAACUGUGUAAGGCACUUUUCUUUGGCAACUAAUUUGAAAUUUAAAAUUAUGAUUGAUGUUAACCAACAAAACUAUAAACGUGUUAAAGAAUAAAAUCGAACGUGUAGCUUUAUUAAUUUAGCAAAGAAAGAAAGUAGUCGCAAUUUCGAAAGAACCAAUUUGGAGUAGAAAAAUCACCAUGAAUACUAGGAGAGACUCUUGUCAACGUGGCUCUAAUGACGUGACUACAGUGAAACUGUUAAGACCUUUUCAUUGAUACGUUUUACUUUCUGACCAGUAGAAACAUGAUAUUUAUGGUGUUUUGGCAAAUGAGAUCACAUUGAUAUGUGUUUUAUACAGAAAAUCGUACCCUUGUGAUAAUAUGGCUAGAUCAUUAGUAUGGAAUUUAUUUUAUUUUAUCUCUAAGAUAGCCGGUGUCGUCUUGUUCUUCUUUUUCUCUUAUGAAAUAAUGGUUGUGGUGUACGUCUGAAUAUUCUACUGGUAUCUCCUACUUACCAUCAGCACAUGUACCAAGUAAUUCUAAGAUAAUCUUCUAUUGUCAAAUUUUAAUGAUCAAAGUAAUAUCUCCUUGUGAAUUUUGGAUUGUAAGAACUUUAUUGGAAUCCCUCAUUUCGGAAGUGGCACAAUUUGACCUCAGAGCUCAUUGGAACAUAGUAAGGACUAAGUGAGUGUGUGUGUGAUCUCUGAUUCACCACUCUUCUGCCCGGGUAAAAACUUAUCUAUACCGGAUGUUUACACCAAAUCGAUGGAUGCAUGAUAUGUAUUUGAAUAUAUACAACUAACUUUUAAUCAUGGUUAAUUAAUGGUUCAUCAAAACUUAGACAGAUGAAAAAUUAAUGGCCAUUUUCACUUCUUUGCAAAAGCUACGUUUAUUACACUUGUCUAUUUCCUACCUUAAACAUCCUAAAACCCUAACCACUCCGCAUUUGAAAACCUUAACAACAUUCGCAGAUGUUCAAAUUCCCCAAAACCUUUCUGUUCCGCAAAACGGGGAUUGGAAUAAUAAUAAUAAUAAUAAUAAUAAUAAUAAUAAUCAGAUGAAUAUGUCGUAUCCUCAGUAUCAAAACCCUAAUCAGGUGAAUCCUCAUUAUGGAAAUGGUGCUGGUAAUCAGUGGAAUCAAAAUUAUGCUCCACGAGUAAGCCCCGGGUUUCCGAUGAAUAAUCAAUCUCAUAACCAACCCCAGGUUCCGCCUAGUGUUGAUUUAAUUAGCUUGUGCCAAGAGGGUAAAGUUAAGGAGGUGAUUCAACAUAUGGAACAGGGGGUAGUUGUGGAUGCGCAGUGUUUUCGCAUGCUGUUUGACUUGUGUGCCAAUUCAAAGAAACUUGAAGAUGCUAAAAAGGUGCAUGAUUACUUUUUGAGAUCAAAAUUCAGGGGUGAUCUUCGUUUGAGCAAUAAAAUUAUCAAUAUGUAUUCUAAGAGUGCGCGGAGAGUUUUUGAUCAUAUGCGUGAUAGGGAUAUGGACUCUUGGCACUUGAUGAUAAAUGGAUAUGCAUUGAAUGGGUUGGGGGAUGAUGGGUUGACAUUGUAUGAUCACAUGCGGCGGGAGUUGGGAAUGAAGCCGAAUGAGGAAACUUUUCUUUAUGUUUUUGAAGCUUGUGCCAGUGCGGAUGCCAUUGACGAGGCUUUCAUGCCUUUUGAUUCGAUGAAUAGCGAGUAUGGAAUUGCUUCGCUGUUGGAGCAUUAUUUGGGACUUAUGGGUGUUCUAGGAAAAUGUGGACAUCUUGUUGAGGCAGAGGAAUAUAUCUCAAAGCUUCCAUUUGAUCCAACUGCAGUUGUCUGGGAAGCAUUAAUGAAUUAUGCUCGUAUACACGGUGAUAUUGAUCUUGAGGAUCGAACUGAGGAGUUGAUGGUUGGUCUUGACCCUUCUAAGACUAUUGCUAAUAAGAUCCCCACUCCGCCACCAAAGAAGCAGUUAGCGAUUAAUAUGAUUGAGGGAAGAAAUAGAGUAGCUGAAUUUCGUAAUCCAACCCUCUUCAAGGAUGAGGAGAAGUUGAGGGCUGCAAUGAAAGAACAAGCUUAUGUGCCUGAUACCAGACAUGUCCUUCAUGAUAUUGAUCAGGAAGCCAAGGAACAGGCUUUGCUAUACCAUAGCGAACGUUUAGCCAUUGCGUAUGGUCUGAUUAGUACUCCUGCUAGAACACCUCUACGUAUCAUAAGGAAUCUCCGUGUAAGUGGUGAUUGUCACAAUGCCAUCAAGAUAAUGUCAAGGAUUGUUGGGCGAGAGUUGAUUGUCAGGGACAACAAGCGGUUUCAUCAUUUCAAGGAUGGAAAAUGCUCUUGUGGUGAUUAUUGGUGAAGUACGGUGGCUAAAACGAGUAUACGUAGACUGGCUUCCACAAUUUUCAGGAUCAUCCAGAAAUCAUCAAGAGUCUUCAUUUUGGAAUGAGCGUGAUCCUAAUAUGCCUAUAGGCUUGCCGUUACACUGUUGAGGGUCAUCUAAGAAUCACCAAAUAUCACCAUGUCUUGCAAUUUAUGGAUUGCUUGCACCCUUGCGGAUAUCUAAGACUUGUUGUAGUAGUUUGGAUCUUUCUGUUUAAGAGAUUAAGUCUGCAAAGUGCCAUUGUAUCUGCAUCACAUUGUUUUCUGGUUCUCUCACUUUAUAGGAAAAUGCUUUAGUUGGGCGAUGUUAUUGUUUUUUGAAACUCGUAGUUGAGAGUUCCAUCAAGCAUUUGUCUACUUAGCUUGCACAGUUGCAUCCAUGCGUGGGGCAUCCGAACUUGUGAAUUUUAAAAUUGAAUAAUUUAAAUUAUUCUGUAAAAGUUGAAGUAGAUGAUGCAAUAAUAUUUUGGUUUUUACUUGGAUGGCAAAAUGGUCUUCUUAGAAGAAAUAUUUGAGAUGUCUUUCCUAUUUUGUAUGUUAUUCUUUCAUAUUACAUUCUUCAUUUUUUAGAAUGAUAAACAGUAUAUUAGCACAAAGGACAUACUUAAACCUUAUUAAAAAUUCAAAAACUAGACAAUAGCACUUGUUAUUCUUACAGGGAUCUAUGACUUCAAGUAAAGUUUCUGCAUCUACUACAAAGCUCUCUUUACACCAAAAAUGAAAUACAAUUACAAUUUAUCUUGAUUUUCUGAAUAGCGUUCAGAAAAUAGUUCAAAGCAUCCUGCAUUUCUCUCAUCUGAAAUAGUUCACCUAAUUCAUGUUGAUACUAUUCUCCACCACUUCUUGCGUCUUACAUAGCCAUAUCAUUGUUGACACAUAGACUUGGGCAUGAUCCACUUGAGCCCUACUAUGUUGAAGGAAAAUGUUGCCACAACUGAUCUGUGACAGGACUGCAAAAAUAGGUGGCUACUGCUUUCUGAUUCUGCUCCGCAUAAGAACACCUAGAACAUGAUGAAAACGCUUAUAUUCAGGUUCUCCUGGGUCAAACAGGCCCCUUUUGCCACCGCCCAAGAAAAAACAGGCCACCUUGUAUGGGGUCUUCACUUUCUACAUGCACUUCCAUGGGCAAAACUUUCUUGCUGCUCUGUGUUUGUGAGUAGAGACUACCAUUCCUAUGCAUUUUAUCCUUCACUGUUUCUAAGACCCGGAAAGUGAACCUUAUUUUCAUUGAAUGCAAAACCUUUAGCUUAUGUUAACGUGAAUCUUAUUUUCAAGUGCUGUACGUAGGUUCUUUUUUUAACCCCCUUUGCUCUUCCUCUUCUUAAAUCUGGUUAGAAGACGAAUUCUUGGAAGGAAACUUCCAAAAAACCAUAAAUGGAAAAGAAAGAUGGAGAAAAUCUGCAUUUCUUUUGUAUGCUUGUAUUGGGUAAUGAUAUUGUUUAACGAGUCCCAUUUCGAGCUUUUCUAAUUUCUGAUUAAACAUAAUUUUGCAACAUCAGGAGUUUCAGGCUUCAGUGAGCGUGAAUCAGAAGAGAUGCACUACAGCUGCAUUAACAUCAGUGAUUACACUUGUCACUGCAGGGGCGGAUUUUAGUGGAGGGUGAACACCCUCGUUAAAAAAUUACAAUGUAUAAAUAGGGUAGAUUUUGUGUGUUUAUGUACAUAUAUUAACUUUCACAUUAGAUUGUUUAGUAGGAUUUGAGAUACGGAACCAUUUAGCUCGUUUGGAGCUUUUGUUAAGUGCAGUUGCAUUAGGCUCCAUUUACAGUCUUUAAGAGCGAUAAUAUGACAACUGAAGGUUACAAAAGAGGAUAAGGUAGACCUUAUUUUCCUCAAAAGACUUAUCACCUCUUGGAAUCUAUGUGAAGUUACGAACAAAACAUAA